UUGGUUGGUGAACAGUCUACGUGUCCAAGCCAUGAGCAGCCCAUUUCUCCAGGAGAACGCUGUGGGAAACAGUGUAAAAAGGUUUUCUUGAAGUCCAGGUCAACUUUGGUAAUUCCACAAUUAAUUCUUACAUUUUGGAAAGUGAGAGGACUUAUUUUAAUAAUAUUUUUAAAAGCUGAAGGUUUACAUAAGUAUUUUUAGAUGAAUGCUGUCAAGAAAGAAGUUUUUUUAUGUAUCUGGUUGAAUAUGAAGAUUCACAAAAUCACUUGGAUUUUAUAUCUCGUUUACAUAACUAUGCUUUGUACUAGCACUCUUUCUGCAUUUAAUACAUCUUUGAAUGAGUUUCUUUUUAGGCUUCUAGUUUUGAUCCCCUUCAUUAUCUGACUCACAUUUUAAGCAAAAAGCCACAUCAUCUGGUCAAUAUUCAGUUUUCACAAAUAUCAUUUAAAAUAAAAAAGUAAUGCAUUAAUUAAAACUAAAUUAAGAUUUCAUAAUUUUGUUAUAAAAUGAUGUGAAAAUACUGCUUUAUAAGGAAUCUUAUGUAAACUUGCAGCACUUGUAUUGCUGUAAAAUAAUGCUUUUAAUCAAAAUAGGACUGAGUACAAUGUUUGGCCUUUUGAGAGAUACAGUAUGCAGACUGUUUCAUCUUGUCUGCAAGAAAAACUUGGGUGUGGUGGGUUGGUUACUUCACACGGGGAAGACAAAUUCCAGGGCAACAACGAAUGUCAGGUUUCCAGCCAGAGUGUUGCUUGUGGAAAAGCCAAUACAGAACUAUUUCUAAAAAAGAAAACUUCAAAGCUUCUGGGGUUUACAUACUGCCAUUGGAAAUAGAAGGAUCUGUGCCAUCAGGAAUACCCCAUGCUCUCACAGUAUGGCUUGGAAUGGGAGCCAGGCACCCACCAGAUGGUGUUGGUGCCUGUUCUGUUCCCUGCCAGAUGAGCUGCUGCUGCCUCAGGGGCUGCCACAGUUACCUACCUCGGGUUCAUGCAGUGUGUGGUGUAGCUGAGUGCUCCCCUUGCCUUCCUCAGAGGAAUUCCUGGAUUUGUGAGAACGUGCCUGGCUCUGUAUGGUUCCACUCUAUUUGCUUGGUGUGUUUUGUGUACACAUCAGUCUCUUACUUCUGUGGGGGUUUUGUACACUUGGUUAACUUUGAGGGUUGGGGCCUUUUUUUUUUGUUUUACAGUAAAUCAUAAUUCCAGUGUGAACAUUUUUUAAAAAAAUGUCAGAAGGGUCAUACAGAUAACAUCAUGGGUUGUGUGUGUUCAGAUUUUGUGUCUAAAGUGAGCUUGUGUUUAUAAUUCCAACUAACUUGGCUGUCAAUAAAGAGUGAGAAUGUACUCUCUGAAGAAGUGGUGAAAAUUAAUAUUUCCUAUUCUGAAUGAGUUUGUUUUCAUCUCAUAUGGGUAGGGUGAAGGGACUGAAAUGAGAGGGUCUUUUGUUCAGAAAUUACUGAAGCAGAAACUGCCUCAGUUGCACAGAGCAAGGCUCCUGUCAGCCAGCUGAGCACACAUCACUGACAGCUCAGCCAGCCUCAUGGGGAAGGUGAGCUGCAGCUCAGCUUUGGUUUUUGUGGGUGAAUGAUGGUGAGAGAGACCCUUGAGAAGUAGAGAUGAAUAAAGGGGGCUUAGCCUAGAGCAGCUUUAAGGAGAAACUGCUGGUUCUAUUUUCUUUUUGCCAAAGAAAAAAGUAUGCAUUAUUUCACAAUUAGAAAUCUAUGGGUAAAUAAAUUUUACUUCAGGUAAAUACCUGCAUUUUAAACCUGCUUCUUGAAAGGAGACAAGUUUCCAGUCAUUCUCCACGUCUAUAAGCCCAACGUCACUGGUGGUGUAAUAGUCAAUACUUGGCAAAACUCUUGAAAUGAAUUAUUGCACACGUAAACAAAAAAAAGGUACUGUUUUUUCCCAGAUUAAGAAAUAACUGCAGAUAUUACUGUGCCUGAGCUGGGAAUUCACCUCAUCCCCUUUCUCAGUCUGAUUUUCUCAGAUUGCAAAAUUGUGGAAUGCUUGUGGAACAUAGUUUGCAUUCAUAAAUAUUUACAGUUACAGGGCAACCAGCAUGGUUUAUCUUAACUUGCAUCAGAAUGUGCAAACCGAUAAAUGGUCUCCAGGCCCCCUCAAUGUGUUGUGUUCCCCAGUGUGCACGUGCUGCCAGUGUUUCUUGCUGGGCCAGGAAGAAGUGCUGUGUUCAAACCCUCCUCCACACUUGGAGGCAGCUUUGCCUCUUUCUAUUGCAAAAGCAGCAGUGUUGGCUGCAGCUCAUUUCUGUGAGCCAAGGGUCAUGACCUGGAGUGCAGGACAAGAGAAUAGGGGAAAGCAGGGCUCAGGCUGUUCCCUGCUGGAGCCCCGAGCUGCAGCUUCAUCUCAGCUCCAGCAUUGUUGUCACUGCUGCUGUCCUUGCUGGACACCAGGGGAUGCACUCUGAGUUCUAAAGAAUCCCUCCAGCACCUGCCUUCUUGCAAUUCUCCUUAUGUUUUGCAGAAAUGGAUUUUUUGUCAUCCUUGUCCUUCAUGUUUUGCAGAAAUGUUGGUUUGGAGAGAAUGUAAAACAGUGUAAGACUCAAAUUAUCCUCUAUGGUCCAGAGUGUGUGAGUUCUUGUAGGGAAAGGUCUCCUUAGGUCAGUUUUGAAGGCAAUGCUUUGUUCUAAGUCCCUGGGCAAAGUGCCACAUGCCUGUACCGCAACUUACAUGAGUAAUUUUCCUUGUGUUUUAAAAACCAAAAGGUGAUGGCCAGGGCUGUUUGCAGCCAGCAGAGAAGGCACUGGAGCUGCCACGUACUGCAAGGAUGUGGGUCAUCAGGGUGUGAACAGGGCUGUAGCAAAGUACAGCACUCCACUCCCUGCAGUAGCUGAGCUGUUAACACUGUGGAGUAUCCAAUUCAGGAGUGCCAGGGGACAAAAAUCUAUGUCCUUGUCCAUUUGGUUCUGGUUUAGAUCUUGUUGCAAAUUGUUCCAUUCUGAGAUACAUCAUGCUAGAGUAUGUGUCCUGCUGCUCCAGUUUAUGGAAAAAGUCUCCUUUCCCCUUAAGCUCAUUUUUUUUUUGUCUGAAGUCCAGUGACACCCAAGUUCCUGUUGGCACUUUAUUAGCUUUUUUGCACCUCUUUCAACUCAUGCCUCUGCCCUGAAGCUCCAGGAGCAAAUUGUUUACAGUCACAGAGUUGUGAGUGGGGCAGCUACCCUUAACUCUUCAGAGGGGAACCUGAAGUGCUCUCCUAGACUUGCCAAAUCAUGUACAAGGCCACACAAUGGGGACACCCUGCACACUCACUCUCGAGUGCAACUGCACUCAGCCCUGGAGUUUUCUUCAGAGGAAAGGGUUGUGUCAAGUUGUUAACCGAGGGAAGUGAGCAAGCUUUAAGCAGGGGGAGCACAGUGCUACUUAAACAGUGAACCAUGCCAAUAGGGCCAGACAGGUGAUUUAAAAUCUAGCAGAACUGUGGCUGUAUGGAUCUGAAUUUCCCCUGAAGUAAAAUGUUUACUGCAGUGUCCAAAACUUUCCACUUGAGCCCCAUGGAGUUGCUGUUACAGCAGGGUGGCUGGAGACCCUUGAGAGGGGCCUGUGAGAGCAAGCCAAGGCAAAAUGAACCAUUCAGAGCCUCUUAAUUGUCUGUGUGUCUGUGCUAUCUUACAGCAUGAUCAGCAGGGAUGUAGGUGUAUGUGCUUUGCUUUGCAAUGGACUUAAGAGCAACACUUCAUAUUUUCCAUUUCAUUAACUCUGGAAUUCAUCUGGCAAUCCCAGCACACAUGGGAAUUUCAUUUAGCAGUUCCUGCAGCCCUUCUGGCAAUGCAGCUUAUUGUUCCUUUUGCACAGACACAGACCUGGCCUUGUGUUCCAAUGUGCAGACUGUCAGGCACCUUCCCCUCUGAACUCUGUUCAGUCUAAGAUCCAAACAAAAGUAUCACCCUUAAGAUAGCAGUAACACUUCAAGCACAUGGAACUCUUCAGCCUUUAAGGCAGUUUUCAGUUUGGUUGUUAUGAGGAGAAAAUAGUCCCAAGGACAGCUGAAGAAGUACCAUAUACCCUCUAAAAGAUUGCAUAACAGGAGCUGUGGACUUUCAGUAAGGACAAGGACAGGUUUCCAGUAAUGAUUUCUGUGUUUGAAAUGCUAGUGGGGAUUUCCCAGCCAUGGGUAUCCUUUCCAGUUUCCUCUUUUGAGGGGUUUGAAUUGCUUAUAAAUACCCUCUUUGAGAGCACACGAGACUAUCUCCAGCUCCUUUGACUUUGCUGUUCUGCAGUGCUCCCUGUCAGGCUUGGCCAGGAACCAUGAGGCUCUGGGUCUGCAUCGCGUUGCUCUCUGUUGUUCUGUGUGUCAGUGCUGACAGACCAAGGAUAGUCCAAGGAAUGGUCCGGGCUGGACAAUUUGUCCGGGAUGCAGCGGGAGGUACAUGGGAUAUGUUCAGAGCAUAUAGAGACAUGCGCGAGGCAAAUUACAAAGGUGCCGACAAGUAUUUCCAUGCCCGUGGGAAUUAUGAUGCUGCCCGGCGAGGACCUGGUGGUGCUUGGGCAGCGAGAGUGAUCAGCGACGCCCGGGAGGGCUGGCAGAGCAGCGUGAGCGGCAGAGGCGCCGAGGACACCCGCUUGGACCAGGAGGCGAACGCGUGGGGCCGGAGCGGCGGCAACCCGAACCGCUACCGGCCCAAGGGGCUGCCCAGCAAGUACUAGCGCUGUGCUCCGCUCCUGUCACACCUCCCUGUGUACAGCCAAUAAAGGAAUCCUCCUGAGAACCGUUCCCUUCGUUGCGAGCAUCCAUCCUCCCGGGGCGCGGCACUGCGGGGCGGGGGCGGCGGUGUCGGGGCA